GUAGUGCAAGAAUCAUCAUUACAAAAGGCGCUCGCACAAGAAACAGACCCGUUGCAUUUGCACACCUUUUAUUACAGUUUCGAUGUAUAAUAACCCGCGCGAGGUAAUAUAUCUUAGGAUCUCUGCGUAUGCAGCUCAAACAGAAGCUUGACUGUUCAAUCGUGAUACCCUCUUCUUCCUCGGGAGGCAUAUGUAUUUGGUAUCGCCGUUUCUUCAGUAAGCACCAAUGCAUGCAUGCACCCUCCUCCCUGCGCUCUCAAAUAGAUGGUGCAAGUAAAGAUGUCCAAAUCUUCCGCAGACCCUCUGUCUGGUGUAGAAAGCGCUUCUCAGUCGCACUAUUUUCAGCUACCACGAAAGCUGCCGAAGCGCAAGGGUCGUUUUAAACGCUCAGAUGGCAGCACCUCGUCUGACACCACCUCCAGCUUCAUCAAACGACAGGGUUCAGCCGAUUCGUACACGAGCAGACCCUCGGAUUCCGACCUGUCAGCGGAGGAGGACCGCGAGGCGUAUCGGCGUGAAGCCGAACGCCAGGCCCAGCUGCAGCUCGAGAGAGCCAAGUCCAAACCUGUAGCAUUCGCAGUGAAGACGAAUGUGAAUUAUUGCGGGGCUCUAGAUGAGGACUGUCCUGUUCAGGGUGCUGCCAUAAACUUUGAAGCCAAAGACUUUCUGCACAUUAAAGAGAAGUACAAUAAUGACUGGUGGAUUGGAAGGCUGGUGAAAGAGGGGGCAGACAUCAGCUUCAUUCCCAGCCCCCUUCGACUGGAGGCAAUGAGACUCAAACAGGAGCAGAAACAACAGAGGAAAAGUGGCAACUCCUCCUCAAGCCUGGGUGACAUGGUCUCAGGAGGUUGGAGAUCCACACCGCCAUCUGCAGGUGAGACCAAACAGAAGCUAAAGCAGACUGAACACAUUCCUCCAUAUGAUGUGGUGCCAUCCAUGAGGCCUGUGGUUCUGGUUGGACCUUCACUGAAAGGCUAUGAGGUGACAGAUAUGAUGCAGAAAGCCCUGUUUGACUUUCUCAAACAUCGCUUUGAUGGACGGAUUUCUAUAACCCGAGUGACCGCUGACCUUUCUUUGGCCAAGAGAUCAGUUCUCAACAAGAGACCCAUCAUGGAGAGGUCUAACACACGAACCAGUUUGGCUGAAGUACAAAGUGAGAUCGAGAGAAUAUUUGAGCUGGCCAAAACUCUUCAGUUGGUGGUUCUAGAUGCAGACACCAUUAACCAUCCAGCGCAGCUUGCUAAAACCUCGUUAGCUCCUAUUAUUGUGUACGUCAAGGUCACCUCGCCAAAGGUCCUACAGCGAUUGAUAAAGUCAAGGGGUAAAUCACAGAGCAAACACCUCAAUGUUCAGAUGAUGGCAGCAGAUAAACUGACUCAAUGUCCUCCUGAGAUGUUUGAUGUCAUUUUGGAUGAGAACCAGUUGGAGGACGCCUGUGAGCACCUCUCUGAAUAUCUGGAGGUCUACUGGCGUGCUACUCAUCUGCCCGGCACCACCCCUCUCAACCCUCUACUGGAGCAAAAUCUGAUGACCCCACCCUCAGCAAUCUCCAGUCUACAAAACCAGCAGCUGUCGCCUGCCGGGGGUGGAGGGGGAGUGGAGGAGGAGGAGCAGGGGGAGCAGGACAGCCUCAUGCCCUCCGACGAGGCUAGUGACUCUCGCUCCCUCCGCCGAGGCGGCUCUAGCUCCCUGCACCCCCCAGAGGAUGAGGAAGAGGAGGAGGAAGAUGAUUUCGAACCCCACCACCCUCACCCAUACCAGGAUGUGUAUCCGCCCAACCGUAACCACCCUGGUGGCAUCCACAGCGCUAACGGACACGAAUCACAGGACCGACUCCUGCAGCAGCGAGACUCGAAGGACGGACACAACCAACGGAACAACCGCCAGCGCACGAGAGCCUGGCCAAGAGACAACUACUGACCGCCUGUCUGCAGGAGUCUGGAUGAGAGGGUUGGGUUGUGAAUAGGGUGAUGGGAACUGGUGAGGAACAGGAAACGCACAGUGCGUGUGAAUGCGUGUUUGUGGAUGAAGCUGCCCAUGGCUGAUGAAAAGAUCCUGUUGUUUUCUAAGCUUACGUAGUUGUUAUUGUUUGAGGCAUUGCACUACAUUUGCUUUUAAAAGACAGGGCAGCUUUUCUCUUUUAAGACCACAUGCAUGUUCAUAUCGAAACAACAUUUGAGCUUCCUCUGAAACCCCACCCAAGUCAAUUUAAAUUUUUUUUUUACUUUAUUAUUGUGCGUAUCAUACGCUCUCCCUGAUCUUAAUGAGCACAAAAGGCAUUAUGGGGAAAGGAAGAGUACUUUUAUAGCAUGGGGUGUGAGUCACAAUGAAAGAUAUUGUAGCAUUUUGUUGCAUCUUACUUUAAUGGCUUCUCUUUUGCUAGCACACUUGUAAAUGCGAGUAUUACUAUUUUUUAGUUCAAGCCCUCAGUCAUGGUGUUGUCUGAUUGGAGCCCAUAUGCACUUGUCUUAUUAUGAGUUGUUUAUUGCUCCUCAUCUGGACAUCGUUCAGGCAACUGACAUGAAUAGUCAUUUUCACAGUCUCGUUUACAGAUGUAGCAAGCAUUGCCAAUUGCAAAGCACCAUGUAAAUGCUGUGUAUGUAGGAAAGGAAUUCAGGGUUACGCUCUGCUUUCGUAGAGUGAAAUAUUAUUUGGACUAUAGUCUUGGUUUGCACAUGAGGUGAAUUUCAACUCCAGAAUGAAGAGAAGCAGUCGAUCGUCCUCCAUUUUCGUACUGCUGCAUAAAGAAAGAACCUAA